AUGCGCUCACUUGUCGGACUCAUCGCUGUCAUUAUUGCAGCCACUUUGUAUCUAUAUUUACUGUCUUUAUACCUCCCCGCCGGACCCCGUCGACGUCCUCCUGCAUCUGCAGAGUCUGAACAUGUGGAGACAGAAAAGUCGGGGCAAACUGCAGACGAACCGAGCAGGUUGACGUUUCCUUCAGACCUGGAGGAGUUGAGGGAACUAGCGGAGCUCCUGCAGUUUUACAAGACAGAGCACACUGGAUAUGUCCUGCUCCUGUUCUGUAGUGCAUAUCUCUACAAGCAAUCUUUCGCCAUUCCUGGAUCCUCAGUCCUGAACAUUCUUGCAGGAGCUAUAUUUGGACCUUAUCAAGGACUGCUGCUUGCCUGUGUCCUCACUACUGUGGGCUCCACUUUGUGCUACGCCCUUUCCCAAGCUUUUGGAAAACAGUAUAUCAUGAAUCUUUUCCCUGAUAAAGUCUCCAUGCUGCAGAGGAAGGUGGAGGAUAAUAAGGACUGUUUGUUCUUCUUCCUGCUCUUCCUGAGGUUCUUUCCCAUGUCGCCCAACUGGUUUUUGAACAUGUCGGCUCCAAUCGUCAACAUUCCCAUCACCUUCUUCUUCGGCUCCGUCUUCAUUGGCCUCUUACCGUACAACUUCAUCUGCGUCCAGACGGGUGUCGUACUGUCCGAGGUGUCGUCGCUGGAUGAUUUGUUCUCGUGGGAGCGUCUGUUCCAGCUGAUGGCCAUUGCCUGCAUGGCUCUGCUGCCGGGGAUAUUCAUCCGCCGCCUCAGUCAGAGACGCCUCAAACUGGACACCCGCGAACACAACGGACUCAUCACGGAUAAGAAAGUCCAGUGAUUUCACAUUUUUUCUGGGAAGGGCUUUCCGGCACAGUGUCACCCUCUGCUCUCAGGAGUGAAUAUGAUUUAGAGUGGGAACUCUGCUUAAAACCAGCGUGAGGAUACCUGUUAUUCAGAGUAGGCUUGGCCGAUAAAAUGAUCCCAAAACCGGACCGUGAUAAGAUCAAUUACCAUGAUGAGCUUUCGACAUUUUUUUCCCUGUAUGGACUGACUUACAGCCUGUCUUGAUUCUCCAUUUGGCGAGUUAGUCUUGAAAGGCUGUUGAGCAGUGGCAGGUGAAUGUCUAUAUUACAGCGGUCACAGUACAAACUAUGUCAAGAGUGUGUACUGCAUUUUGGAUGAGCCGCUUCUGUCUGAGUUUUACACAGGAACGGAGAAUUCAUGGUACGUUCAGUGAACAACAAAAGGCACCAACAGAUGUAAUGUUGCAUUCAGGUGCACCUUAUAAUUUAAGUAACCUAUACUUGUAUGGCCACGGAAAUUGCUUAAAACAUAUAUUUGUCUUUAGUAUAUCUGUCAUUACUUAACAGUAUGAAACUGCAUCUCAUAUUAUUAUAAUAUUCUAAAGUUUGCCAAUCUCCUUUCUCUGCUCUUCAGGCGUUUUGAGAAAACUCAGACUGGUAACAUCAUCCAGUAAUAUGUCACGAUAAAUAUGGACAUUGAUUUAAUAUGGAAACAAAUUGGGACCAUAUUUUUGUCACAUUGCAUAGCCUUGUUUCAGUGUGUGUUUUUUCUAAAUGGAAUGAGAUUACAAAAAGAACAAACUUUGAGUCUAAAAAUGGGAUUUGAAGAUGAGUAUUGUGUGUUAAAUGUGUUUAUUAGUUACCAGUAUUUGAAGCCGAUGAAUAAAGUCUAUGGUGUGUGUGUAUAUAGAUGUGUGAAUGUACAGUAAAAGGGAAGGCGUUAAUGUUAAAAACUUUGCACUAUUGUUCUACGGUUUGGGUAGUGCUUCGGUGUAAACAGCUUGUGUUCAAAGUGCCUGUCGGUGCAUUUAUGGGCUUUUCUUAAACUUCUACCUCCAGCAGACGAGUGGAACCAGUCAUUUAACGUCCCAGAUGGUUCAGGUGCUUGUUUUAAUGACACCGUUUCUUUAUUUCUAAAUGAGAGGCUUACUUUUGAAACAGACAGUAUACUUAAAGCUGUAUUUUUCUUGUUUAAUUUAAUCUGAAUAUUAUCACUGUAUGACAAUCAUUUUACAGUUAAGACUAGAUUUGAAUACAGUCAACAAUAUAGGGCAGUUUUUACACGUUUUUGACCGUUUGAGCCAAAUGUCUUUCAGUUUGGUCUCAGUCGGACCAGAAUUGCCAGUCAUUUUGUGUAUUAACUUGGAAGACUUUGGUGACCGUUUCCAUGUCUUUGUAUUUAAUCAGCUGGGCUCUUAUUUAACUGAAUGUGCAGUUUCUUCAGGCCUGUAUUAAAUCAAGCCUUAACUUUGCUUUGUUAAAACCACGCACACAUAUUUUGUACAGUACUAUUCCGACCGCUUUAAGUGUUAUUUUAAAGAUUGUUUUGAUUCAGACGUAUCCUUCAUCAGCAUCCUCUUUGAAAUGUAUCUUGAAGUGUAAUUUAAUGCACUGUUCAGCUGUGACAUUUGUGGUACGUCAUCACAAAUGCGUGGACGUUUAUUUUAACUUUUGAAAUAAUAAAAAUGAGUCUGAAA